AUUGCGCUGCAUUGUAGGAGGUGACACGAAUUCUCGGUUCCCUAUUAGCAUGCAUUGUUCAUCAUUUUCUUUUGAGAAUCCUCCUGUCCUUUGCUCUCAGGUUUGUCACGUAUCAGAAUUAUUCGAGGGAGCGGGUCAGGCUUCUCCGGGUCCUUAACUUUCAUUUGUUGGAGAAGGAAAAGAAGACAUCCAAAUGGCUUCAGAUUCCGAUAAGGAUUCCCCAACACCACCUCCACCCAAUUCAUCUUCUUCGCAUUCCCCUCCUCCACCCCCACCCCCUCCUCCAUCGUCGCCUCCGCCGCCCAGCGGUGACAAGAAGUCUCCUCCACCGCCUCCGGAGAAGGAGUCAGGAAGCCACCACCCCCCGCCGCCCCCACACAACCGUGAGUUUUCUUCUCCUCCGCCUCCACACCACCGGUUGUCUCCACCCAAGUCACACACGCAUGCAUCCGGAGAGAGUGGAGGUGGAGGCCAUUCAUCGAACUUACCAUUUAUAAUAGGAGUUGUAGCUGGAGUUGGGAUUUUGCUCCUCCUCCUUUUCAUCAUCAUCUUUUCGUGUUCAAGAAGGAAGAAGAGACCUCAGACUUCCGUUUACUACGCCAAUCAACCCGCCGAUGAUGGGUAUUAUAAACGUCCUGCAGCAGGAGGAGGUCCAAACCAGUAUGGGGGGGUGAAUAAGGGUGAGCACGUUCUUAACAUUCCUCCGCCACCAGGAGCAGGUUGGGGAGCAGCACGAAUCAGUAGUGACGUGAGCAACUCCAGUUACUCAGGUCCUGUGCUGCCACCCCCACACCCCACACUGGCACUUGGAUUCAACCAAAGCUCCUUCACUUACGACGAGCUCUCUGCUGCCACCGCUGGCUUCUCCCAACGCAACCUCCUCGGCCAGGGUGGCUUCGGAUAUGUCCACAAAGGCUUUCUCCCCAAUGGCAAGGAAAUUGCUGUCAAGAGCCUCAAAUCCACCGGAGGCCAAGGAGACAGAGAGUUCCAAGCUGAGGUUGACAUUAUCAGCCGUGUCCACCAUCGCCACCUCGUCUCACUUGUCGGCUAUUGCUUGUCUGAAGCCAAAAAGCUUCUCGUCUAUGAGUUUGUGCCUAACAAGACCCUUGAAUACCACCUUCAUGGAAAGGGUCGACCUGUCAUGGAUUGGGGUACCAGGCUCAAAAUUGCGAUUGGAUCCGCCAAAGGACUUGCUUAUUUACACGAGGAUUGUCACCCUCGUAUCAUUCACCGAGACAUAAAGGGUGCAAACAUUCUACUUGAAAACAACUUCGAUGCCAAAGUGGCAGAUUUUGGGUUGGCAAAGUUUAGUCAGGACACCAACACUCAUGUUUCUACUCGUGUAAUGGGAACAUUCGGGUAUAUGGCUCCUGAGUAUGCAUCAAGUGGUAAGCUAACUGACAAAUCUGACGUCUUCUCCUUCGGUAUUAUGCUUUUGGAGCUCAUAACAGGUCGUCGGCCGGUGGAUCACACCGGGGAAGAUGAAGAUACUUUGGUUGACUGGGCUAGACCACUUUGUACAAAGGCAAUGGAAAAUGGAAGUUUUGAAGGACUAGUGGAUCCACGUUUAGAGGGUAAAUAUAACAAGUUCCAAAUGGCUUCUAUGGUGUCUUGUGCUGCUGCUUGCAUUAGGCACUCAGCAAAGAGUCGCCCAAGAAUGAGUCAGAUUGUACGAGUACUGGAGGGUGAUGUGACAGUAGAUGUCCUUAAUCUAGAUGGGGUGAAAGCUGGGCCAAAUGCAGUCCGGAGCAGCACAAGCGGCGAGUAUGAUGGGGACUUAUACGGUGCUAACAUGAUGAAGUACAGGAAGAAACCAGCAGCAGAUAGCAGCAUGGUUAGCAGUGAGUAUGGUGCAACCAGUGAAUAUGGCCUUAACCCUUCCGUCUCAAGCAGUGACCAAUCUACUGAAUAUGCCAACAAGCCAUGGAGAAAUUAUUAAGUGUUAUUAAUUCUUUUCUAUAAAUUACAACACUUAUUGAAUACGGUUCGGUUGGGACCAUGAAAAUCUGGUAGCAUAGAACUACCUAAUAAUUUCAGGUAAAGGAGGCUGGAUGCACACACCUUGAGAAACCAGAACUUGCAUUGCGUUGCAUGUGACCAGGGAUUAAGAAAGUAACAGCUGAUCUCAUCUAGCCAGACAUUUUUAAUCAAGACCAUGGCUGUUGCUGCUUGUUAUAUCAUUAUAACAAUGCAAGAGGGAAUAAAGAAAUUAAAGAUACCAUUCUUUUUAUGACUUUUUGUGAUUAAUUCAUUCAUUAGAAUAACUCCCAUGAUGCACAUAGGUUGUGAAUAUUGAUUGGACAGAGGAAGGAGAAAGCACGAGUUGUAACAUUCAUUUCUAACUAGAGGAAGUUCCUGUGUAAAUCUUGUGCAUAAUAAUAAAGAUGAAAAGGUUGGAGGUGCGUGCAUAUAUGUUUAUAUCAA